UAGAUGCGAUCGCGCGCGCGUUCCCGCCUGCUGCUCGCCCGCUCUCACGGCUCCGGCGAGCGGAGAAAUCAAAACACUCUAACCAUCUCUUCACAGAGAGAUGAACUGACACAACCGAGAAACCAUCGCGGCUCAACGGAUGACUGUCCGGCUCUAAAACCUCGCGGCGUUUCUCUUUCUGUGGAAGUGAAAGGAGCGGGACGAACAACAGUUUUCGAGUUGAAUACGCCAGAGUUUGUGGGUUUUCGCUGUGCGCUUUGAUAUUUCCCACAAGAAGUUUUAAAAACAAGUUUGGACCGGAUUCUGUUUGGAGAGGCGCAAUCCGCUUGUGAGGCGCAAUCUUCUCAAAACUACAAAACAUGGAUUUAUUCCUUAUUUUAACGGUAAAACUUUGAUUAACCAUCCGAAUUAGCGUGUAACAGCUGCUUUACAGUCUUUUCCAGGAUUUCUUGUAUAGGAAAAUAUCUAUUGUUGUCCGGAGAGACACUUUUCUUUCUUUUUUUUGCUGUGACAGGACGCGUUUACAGAGGCAAAUAUGUCAGUCCACGAUGAAGAGGAGGAAACUCGUCUGAUUCUCUGAGGGGAAAACACAUUUAAGUCAUAUUUUAACAUUUUACUGCGCGCUAUAAUAACUGGAUUAUUUCGUUAUACAAAGUCCUGUAUAGCUCUUUAAAAAAGUUGUUAAGCGUAACGUUACAUCACUGCUAAGAGCGUUCUCACGCAAUUGACCCAAGGCUUUUUAGUGCCCUUUGGACUAACAGAGGAACUGGGACAUUUUCACGUCAGCUUUAUCUUGGUACGUUCGCCAGUGUGCCAGAUAUACAGUUUUUAUUUUUGCCAAUAUUCUGCAUUGUUCCUGUCAAUAUGGAGGAGUGGAGACAGUGCGGUCGCUGGUUGAUAGACUGUAAGGUUUUGCCCCACAACCAUCGGGUCGUUUGGCCCUCAGCGGUGGUGUUCGACCUGGCCCAGGCGCUCAGAGAUGGGGUGCUUCUGUGCCAGAUGCUGCACAAUCUGUCUCCUGGAUCCGUGGACCUAAAGCAGAUCAACUUCAGGCCUCAGAUGUCACAGUUUCUGUGUCUGAAGAACAUCCGAACAUUCCUGAAGGUGUGCCAUGAUAAGUUUGGCCUGAGGAACAGCGAGCUGUUUGAUCCAUUCGAUCUCUUUGACGUGCGGGACUUUGGGAAGGUGAUCUCUGCGCUGUCCAGAAUCUCCCACAACAGCAUCGCACAAAUCAAAGGCAUCAGGCCCUUUCCAUCAGAGGACACAGCGGUGAAUGAAGAUGAUGUGUACCGGAGCUUGGAGGAGUUGGCAGAUGAGCAUGAUGUGGGAGAGGAUGACAUAUACGACUGUGUCCCUUGUGAGGACGAUGGGGACGACAUCUAUGAGGACAUCAUCAAGGUGGAGGUUAGAAAGCCUAUGAUCAGAUACAUGCAGAAAAUGGGCAUGACAGAAGAUGAUAAGAGGAACUGCUGCUUGCUGGAGAUUCAGGAGACAGAGGCAAAGUACUACAAGACACUGGAGGACAUCGAGAAGAAUUAUAUGAUUCCCCUGAAGCAAGUGUUAACACCACAGGACAUGGAGACCAUAUUUGUGAAUUUAGAGGACAUCAUCAAGGUUCAUUUUGCUCUGCUGAGGGCCAUUGACCUGACCAUGGUGAGUGGGGGCAAUGGCCUGGGAAAGAUCUUUCUGGACUUCAAGGAGAGACUGCUGAUCUACGGCCAGUAUUGCAGCCAUAUGGAGAACGCACAGAAGACACUGGAUGAGCUGAUUGCCACACGGGAAGAUGUCAAAUGUAAAGUGGAGGAGUGUACCAUGAAAGUCCAGGAGGGGAAGUUCAAACUGCAGGAUCUCCUGGUGGUCCCUAUGCAGAGGGUCCUCAAAUACCACCUUCUGCUUAAGGAGUUGGUAGGUCACUCUAUUGAACGCCCGGAGAGACAGCAGCUUAAAGAGGCACUAGAAGCCAUGCAGGACCUGGCAAUGUACAUCAACGAGGUGAAAAGAGACAAUGAAACCCUGAAGAAAAUAAGUGAAUUUCAGAGCUCAAUAGAAAAUCUACAGGUGAAGUUAGAGGAAUACGGUAGGCCAAAGAUAGAUGGAGAGCUUAAAGUGUGCUCUAUAGUUAACCGGACCAAACAAGACAGAUACAUCUUCCUGUUUGAUAAAGUUGUGAUUGUUUGCAAGAGGAAAGGUUAUAACUAUGAGUUAAAAGAGAUCAUCGAACUUCACUUCUACAAGAUGUCUGAUGACCCUAUGAAUAACCGUGACGUGAAAAAGUCGAGUGGAAAAAUGUGGUCCUAUGGCUUCUACCUGAUCCAUCUGCAGGGGAAACAGGGCUUUCAGUUUUUCUGCAAGACAGAGGACACCAAGCGCAAGUGGAUGGAGCAGUUUGAAAUGGCCAUGUCAAACAUCAAACCCGAAAGAGCCACUGCCAACCAGCACAACUUCCAAAUGCACACGUUUGAAAAAAACACCAACUGCAGAGCCUGUAAAAUGCUGCUGAGGGGUAUUUUCUACCAGGGAUACUACUGUUCGCUCUGUGGGACUGGUGUCCAUAAGGAGUGUCUGGAGGUCAUUACCAUCUGUAAAAUAAGUCCUCAUGAUCCGGAGCUGGGGCUUCCACAGACAGGUCCAAAGAUGGUGGCCAUCAGAAAUUACCAUGGUACCCCUGCCCCGCAAGGCAAAGUGCCUCUCUGCUUUCAGACAGGAGAUACCAUUGAGCUCCUGAAGGGAGAUCCAGACACAUCAUGGUGGGAGGGCAAACUCAUCCAAACCCAAAAGACUGGCUUCUUCCCCAGUUCCAGUGUCAAACCAUGUCUAGACCCUAAGCCCUUCCAGUCAUUUUCCAGCCGUCAGUCCUCCAGAGAGACGGAUUACUAUGUUUAUCCUUGGUUUGCAGGAAACAUGGAAAGACAGCAGGCCGACAACCUGCUUAAGUCUCACAGCAGCGGCACCUAUCUGAUCAGAGAGAGGACGGCAGAGGCAGAGAGAUUCGCAAUCAGCAUCAAGUUUAAUGAUGAAGUGAAGCAUAUUAAAGUUAUUGAGAAAGACAACUGGAUUCACAUCACAGAGGCAAAGAAGUUUGAAAGCCUCCUGGAGCUUGUGGAGUAUUAUCAGAGUCAUUCACUGAAAGAGAGCUUUAAGCUGUUGGACACAACAUUACGAUACCCUUACAAAUCCAGGGAGCGCUCGAGUUCUCGCACCAAUACCCGUUCACCAGCAGCCACCUGUGCUUCCUACAACUUCUCCUUCCUCAGUCCUCAGGGCCUCAGCUUCUCCUCUCAAAGCUCUGCUCCCUUCUGGUCAGUAUUCACUCCCAGGGUAGUCAGCACAGCUGUGGCACGAUACAACUUUGCUGCUCGAGACAUGAGAGAGCUGUCCCUGCGAGAAGGGGAUGUCGUCAAGAUCUACAGCAAGAUUGGUGGAGACCAAGGCUGGUGGAAAGGAGAGGCCAACGGCAGGAUUGGAUGGUUUCCCUCGACGUACGUCGAUGAGGAGGGGGUGCAGUGAUACUCUGGGGUCAUAGAUCAUCCGAUAAAAUCCACCGCCCUCUGAGAGGACAAUUUGCUUUCCAUGAAGACUUUUUGCUGGAAAUUUCACAAUGAAUAUUUGUACUUCUGUCUCCUUUCGUCAUGUACGAAUAUGCUUUUUUCCCUGUCUCGGAAUGUCUUUGUGAUCUCUGUGAAGAAAACUGCUCUGAGUGAAACUGAACAGAGCAGAACUUUGCCUUGAAGUGGCCAAAGGACAAGCAUGGCUUUAAGUUUGUACAGUAAUACCUGUAAGUUGUGCUGCCGGUCAGAGGGGUAUAAUGGGGGGGUGUGGAUGUAUAAAAUUAUAAACAAAUAUAAUUUAUUAAAGAGAUCUAUCUGUGAUUAAAAAGCAGCAGCGCAAAUAAUAUAUGUGAGCAGAAAAGAUGCACUUUGCAUUUCUUUCCAGAGAGAAUUUGCCUUAGUAAAUGGUAAUGCCUUUAGAGGUGAAAGUAAAGAGAUGGAAUUAAACUCAUCUUGCACAUACACAUUCAUACAUCUGCCCUGUCCAGUGCCUUUUCGUACAUGUUCUUCACUCCUGGUUUAUAUAGCUGCAGCAUUAACGCCGUUCUUUAUCGGUGCACUCUCAUGGCUCUAUCCACCCAUUCAGCCCGAUGCUGCUCAACCAGAAAGACCAUAAAAGACAAUGAACAUUCUUGAACUGGAAUGAGCAGAUGACCAGAUCUGCCUGUCAUCUCACUGGAAUGAAGGGGCAGCUAACCAAAAGCAUUCGGUCAUGGCUGGAAUUGCUUUAGCUGACUUGGACAAUGAAGGAUACAAGCUCCAUCAUGGCUUCCUCUUGCUUCAAGAGGAUGCAAAAGUGCAAUUGAGUUUCAGGAAUUCAGAGGUUCAGUGAAUGCUGUUUCUGUGACGAGGAUUUAUUCCCAUGUUCUCAGUGGUCCUAAUUUGGACUGAAAAGGGAAAACCAAAUGCUGUUCUGUGCACUGAUUUUCAUGAUUACCCAGAGGUUUUUAUGAGAUUUUUCUUUUCUUGUCUUUUACAAGCACAUGCAUUUUGCCAUUCCACCUUUCUUGUAUGCAGCAUGCCACAUUACAGUAUCUUGCCUUACUUGUGGAGUCAACUGGUGCUACAGUGCUACAUAUCCCUGAGUUAGGGCAGAACAUUUUUGCUGUUGUGGACGAGGAGACCCACUGCUAAAAAAACCUCAGCCACCAAGUGCACUUUAUAUGUCCAGAGACCUUUUAACACAGGACACCACACUGCAGACCUGGACACAUUUUUAUUUUAUUUUUUUUUACCUCUGAAAGAGAAAAAAAGUAAAUCCUUCACACUAUGAGCAUUGAUCCCUCAAAGUCUGAUAUUGAACAUUACCUGUAAACUCCGUAAGUGCAUGGAUGUCUCCCUCAUACAGUCCUAGGAGACAAACCCUUUGAUGUUGUCGCCAUCCGAAAUUGAACCCGUAAAUCAAGAUGGGAGAGUGCUAGACCUCAAAAUAAAGCAUCGGACGUGUUUUUAGCCAUGCUCCAGGCUUGAGUACAGCUGUCUGUGGUGAUGGAAGAUUGCAGCUCAGGUCAAGGUAGCGCUGGCUUAGGGGCUUAGUACCUGUUUGUGUAGUGGACAAAAAACCCGAAGCAUGUGGUCAUAUAUAUUACAACUGCUGUCUGUGAAUCCUGAGGGAAAAAAAGAUCUUACAAGAAAAAGAAAAGAAAUUGUGUGCAUUUUUUGAAUGGUCAGUUAUUUGAAAACUGAGGUCUAUCAUGAAAUAAAUAUUUCUUUUUGUCUUA